AUUUCUUUUUAUCAACUAAACAAUAACAAAUAUAAAUAUACCAAUCAAUCGAUUAAUUAAUUAAUUAAUGGCUUCUUCUAUCGCCGUUCUUGGAGGCGGUAUAUCUGGUUUAUCUGCCGCCUAUUAUCUCGCUCGCUUUGCACCACGAACCACAAAAAUCGUCUUGAUCGAAAGCAGCCGUAACCUAGGAGGAUGGCUCAAAAGCAACCGCGUACCUCCGGGAUUACAUUCUUCUGCUCCAGUGGCAGAUGAAAAAGGCGUAUUAUUUGAAAGUGGUCCUCAUAUCAUGAAUCCAAGGGGUACCAGUGGAGCCGUGCUACUAGAAAUGGUUAAAGACGUCUGUCUUACAAAAGAGAUGCUUACAAUAAAUUCUUCAGACUAUAUCGAAAAAGGACGUUCUAUCUACUACAAAGACCAGGUCAAUGUACUGCCUACCCAUCUGACAUCUCUGUGGAAAGACAAAUCUCCAGUCACAAAGUCCGUCUUCAGGGCAAUCCUGCGGGAAUGCUUUGUAGUCAAGAACGCAGGACUAUUAGACGAAACAAUCUACGACUUUGUUUGCCGUCGAUUCAACCAGCACGUUGCCUUAAAUAUCGUGGGUCCAUAUGUUCAGGGAAUGGUUCUAGGAGAUAUCAAGGCACUAUCGGUCAGAUCUGUUUUGCCCUUACUCUACGAUCUCGAGCAGGAAUACAGAAGUGUCACCAUAGGAUACUACAGAACCGGUGGGCGCCGUCGAGAAGGAUUCCGGGAACGUGGACUAGCAGCCAGAGCAAGAAGAGACGAUCCAGUGUGGUUUGGGCAGGCUGAUGAAUGGUCCGGAAUCAGUUUCAAACAAGGAGUCCAGACGCUUCCUGACAGAUUGUCUGCCUACUUGUCUCAAUGUGAGAAUGUGGAAGUUCGUUUGGACGAGAGUGUGGAACGUAUUGACCCAGUCACAACAUCUCGUUCUACCAUGCAUUUUGAACAUGUCCUUUCGGCUCUACCUUCAGCAACACUCCACGAAUUGACCAGCAGCUGUCCUUUACCACAUCUCACCAGCACUCCAUGUGUGGAUGUUGCAGUAGCCGGACUUGCUUAUCCAUCUACAGCCUCAAAUUACACUGGCAAUAGUAUUGUGCUGCCGCACCCAGAUUCGGACUACAAGAGUCCUGUUCCUGGUACACUUUCUGUUGAUUGCAAUUCCAACAAUUUCUUACAUCAGGAUCAUGAACCGCAUUUCAAGAUAACCACUGCCUUUGGUGGACACCAAUGGAAGAAUAUCUUUGGAACCACUCGGAUCCAACAACUAGAUCCCCAGUUAGUAUUCAAACAUGCACAAGAGGUGGCCCGGGUAUUGUUUGGUAUCAAAGAUCGACCUACACAUGGGAUGGUCUCAUUGAAUCCCAAGUGUCUUCCUCAAUACACUCUUGGGCACGAAGAGCGGAUGGGGGAGCUGCACAAUGCACUCCAGACAGCAUACAGCCAUCGAAUGAGUGUUACUGGUCAGAGCUACUUUGGAACGAGUGUACCAGAGAGCGUAGAGAAUAGCCGGAUGUUAGUAGAGAGCUUGGUCGUGUCUGGUGCACUAGGGUCAAGAGAAAUGAUGGUGAAUGGACUCUGGCAGAUAGAAGAGAACCAAAGAGAUGAAUGGAAGGACAGCAAUAGAUUGAGCAAAAGUCACAUUGAUAUCCUGUUAAAGUCAUAGAGAUUAGAUAAAUUUGAUAAACAGCAUUUGUAAAUAUAAAAUAAUAAUAAUAAUAAACAUGGCUAGGUUCCUUGAAUCACUUGGAAUAUUAUU